AUGGCACAAGAACCCAACCGCAAUACCUCGCUUUUGCAUGCAGGUUACCACCACCCUCUUCACAGGACCUGGCAAGCUGGACAGCCCAUUACUCCAAACAUGCUUAUGUAUCCCAUCUUUGUCACCGACAAUGACGAUGUCGAGGAGAAGAUCGAUACAUUGCCUGGUCAAUCUCGUUGGGGUAUCAAUUUGCUAGUUGACUUCCUGACUCCUUUAGUAGCCAAUGGUCUCAAGUCUGUUAUCAUUUUUGGGGUGCCUGUCAAUAUCCAGAAGGAUGCUGUCGGAUCUGCUGCUGAUGAUUCUAAUACUCCCACUAUCCGAGCCCUCCAUGUACUGCGCAAGGCAUUUCCGGAUCUUCUUCUUGCUUGCGAUGUCUGUCUUUGCCCAUACACCUCUCACGGUCAUUGUGGCGUUCUCCGAGAUGAUGGCACCAUCGACAAUCGCGCUUCAGUGAAGCGUUUAGUGGAUAUCUCCAUGGCAUAUGCACGCAAUGGAUGCCAAAUGAUUUCUCCCAGUGAUAUGAUGGACGGCCGCAUCAAGGGUAUCAAGGAUGCACUUAUUCAAGAAGGCAUUGCCCAUAAAGUUAGCUUAAUGUCCUAUUCUGCCAAGUUUGCUUCCAAUUUCUAUGGUCCAUUCCGUGAUGCUUGCCACUCCACUCCUGGAAGCGGCGACCGUAAAUGCUACCAAUUGCCUCAUCAGGCUCGUGGCCUUGCUCGCCGUGCGUUAGUUAGAGACAUGGGUGAGGGAGCCGACGUAUUGAUGGUGAAGCCUGGAACGCCUUACUUAGAUAUUCUCAGGGAUGCACGUGAGAUUGCGCCCGACUAUCCUCUCUCUGUGUACCAGGUUUCAGGAGAGUAUGCUAUGAUUUGGCAUGCAGCCAAGGCUGGUGUCUUCGAUCUGAAGGCUGGAGUUAUGGAGAGUAUGGAUGGCUUCGUCAGAGCUGGAGCAAACUUUAUCAUCACAUAUUAUACACCCAAGAUCCUUGAAUGGAUCAAAGAUGACAGAAGUUGAGGGUAAAUACCAUCUAAUUCCCAUGGUUUG